AUGCAUUGCACGCGAUUAUCUAUGAUUCGAUCUGUACAUUCUUUCAACAAUGUACAAGCAGGGAAAAAAUUUGUUCCAAUCAAGAAAGCCAUUGAAUUUGUCAAUUCUUCUGGUAAAAAUGAGAAUCUAGAGGCGACUUCACCUCAAUGGGAAAGACAUAAAGCUGCAAUUAAGAAAAAGACCGGAGGACAGAGAUGGAAUCCCAAUAAGAAGCUGUCCAGAGAGCAAAUGGAGGGUAUUAGAUUGUUAAAGAAACAAUUUCCGAAAAUGACCGCGUCUGAUCUCGGUAGUCGAUUUAAGGUGUCACCUGAAGCAAUUAGUAAAAUUCUCAAAUCUAAAUGGCAUCCCAAUGACAGUGAGGCGCAAAAACUACAAGCCAGGUGGAAAAAAAGAGGUGAAAAGAUUAAAAAUCUAUAUAAAGAGAAUCCGCUCGGCUUAGACAGAAAAUUGGUGCUAACACACGAUAAAUCAGCUCAAGAAAUUAGGUUUCGAGUAGUUUUACCUGAACAGUUGAACAACUCAACGAGAAAUUCAAAAGAUAAAGAGAAACAAUUCCAUAAGAAACGGAAUGGAAAGUUACAUUUAUUGGAAAAUCUCAUUAGUAAAUAG